CCCGUACCACCUUCAUCCUCUCAUCUCAAAAUUCGAUCGAUCCCUUGAUACUUCCAGCUUGUACUUGUUUGACUCGACCAGUUACGUACUUGGAGACCUUUCCAGGAUCAUCAUGGCUGGCCCUGAUAGCCUGAGCCCCGACAACGUGCUGGCGCUCGCAGCCGCCGCCGCCGCCGCCGAGCCGCCGAGCCUCAGGACGCCGUACGAAGCGGUCGCUCUCGUCGGCCAUGCCUGCAUGACGGCCGUGGGCUUCCGCCUCGUCGGACUCGGUGAGGAGCACAAUCUAGAAACCCCCUCCGAGAACCCCUCCCUCCCCGCAGGAUGGAAUGCCGCCACGGCCUAUGCCUUUCGAUACGCACAUUCGCAGUCCUCGAUGCAAUACCUGCUGAAAGUCAGUCGGCUCGGAAAUAAUGCCGUCGUCUUUGCCCUGGCGCUAGGGGACGACCGGACGACAUCAUUCGACCUCCCCGUGAAAGACUACAUCUCCGAAUCCGCGUUCCCCUUGGCCUCGACCGCCGACCUCCCCACUACGCUCCCUGAAGCUUUUAUAUCUACCCCGCGCCUGAAGGACCUGAUUGGGCUAUUCAAGAUCAACGUCAUCCAGAGGCUCGCCCCGGGACUGUACAAGGAAGGCUACGAGGAUUCUUCCAGCCAGGCGCGCGAGAGACAGCCGCUCGAGAGACCGCCCCGGCGCGAUCCUCUGCGGGAUGAUCCCUUGCCCCAACCCGCUCGCCCAUACCCAUUUGAUGACCCCCUGGCGAUGCCGCCGCGGCGACCGGUUCCGGUGGGGGACUUCCCCCCGCCGGGAUUCGAGGAUGAGUUUGAAAUCCAGAGACCCCCGCGAGGAUACCCAGGCGGCAUGGGAGGAAGACACCCGUUGAACAUCGGGGACAGAGACCUGUAUCCUGCCGGACUGGGACCGAACGACCCCUUUCGCGGCAGCAUCGGUCCCGGCCUGGGAGGCGGCGGCGGCGGCGGCGGGGGGAUGCACCCCACGCUUGAUGACCCCCUGUUUGGAGGCCCUCGAAACCCAGGGUAUGACCCUCAAGCACCUCCCGGAGCGCGAUACGAUCCCGUAGGGCCCGGACAAGGGCCGCCGUUUGGACGAGGGCGGGGGGCGUACGGAGGGAGCGGAUCGGGCGGAGGGUUUGGGGGGUUUGGGGGGUUUGGUGGUGACAUCAUUUAG